ACGGUCAAAUUUUGUCUCUGUAACACCAACUUGUUGAAUACGCGCAAGGUUUCCAUGCCGCCGGCAGAGGCGUUUUUGAGUUUGAGCAGAUUCUCGUCGGUUUCGGAGAUCGAUAGCAUUGCAUUUCGACCGUACUCUUGAACUGGAAGAACUUACCCUACCAUAGACGAACCUGCACGAUACUGCACGAAUAACAAUUUAACUAGUGUGAUUAAAAUUAUACUUUACCAUACCAUAUUUGUUCCUGCCUCCAAAAGUUAUGCAAAGGAACGGAUCUUUAUAUCAAGGUUGUGUAUUGAUUCAUCCUACUUCAUGUGAGAGUCUCGAACUCACUCUUCAAGAAUACAGUUCCAUUUGGCGAUGGAAGGAUGGGGACGGGGGAUUUCAUCUCAACCCUCCAACUAUUUCAGUAAUCCUCCUCAGAAAGAGAAGGAAGAACAGCAACAGAAGGUUCAGCGGACGGAACCUGCGGAGAAGGAUGAUCUGAAGCCGGCGGUUCAAAAGCCUCGAAUAAAGGCUACUUCUCGGAGCAGAAGCGGGAGCAGGAAGGUUCAGACGUAUUAUCGUGGUGAGCCGGCGAGUAAUCCGCGCAAUGUGAAGGAGACGUGCAAGAAGUCUGAGGAUGGAGGCGAGCCUCUGCUGGAGAAAGAUGAGAAGGAAAAGAAAUCUAGGAGGAAGGGUCGCAAGAAGAACGUUAGAGCACCGAAGGAAGAGAUGCAGAGAACGUCACCAACACCUGAGGAGAACUUGAAGGAGGAAAUGCGAGAAAGGGAAUGCAAGGCUGGGGGAAGGAAAUAUGUUUGGGUAAGAAAAAUCGAUGAAAAGGAAGGGACAAAGGGUCAAUGUCGACCUGAAAUCGGGUACACCCACGAGAUGAAGGAGAUGGAAAACAAAUUAAGUGGUAUUUCAGUGAGUUCUGAAAUUGAAAGAGGGAAGACUAAUGGUGUCUACAGAGGCUGUAGUCAAGGCAAUCGGAAUCUUCAACGUUGGGCUCCCCGAAAACAGAGGAAUGUGGGAAUGAUUUGGGUGAUGAAGAAUGAACUUUCAAAAGGUAAUCUGGUUAGGAAUCUAUUCUCAGAGUGAGAAGAGAAGAAAUAGUAUAUUCAUGUUGUGUUCUUAUCUGGUGAACUGCUUUGAAUACAAGUUAGGUUACCACUAGUGGAUGGUGAUGAUAUGCAGAUGAAAGAUGGAGUACUCACUAGAUAUUGUAUAGGACAGUGGACUUAAACAAACUGAUAAAAACCACACAUUUCACCAUAAUUGUGAUUUAUGUUCAUGUUUGAAUCCUUGGAUUGAU